GUAUGGAGCUGUGUUAUGUAGCUGUACACCAAAGUGAGGUCUUCCUGAGGACAUUUCUGCUUGUUUUUAAUAAUUGUGCGACUCUAUUUUGAUGCAACCGCGGCGACAGACUUUGUGGUUGAACAGAAACUCAUCGGAGACCCUGCAGUCGGACUUGAACAGAAACAUCUUCGUUAUCAGUAACAGUUUGAGUUAGCAGAGAGAUGAGGACCUUAGCCGCUGCGAGCUCAUUUGUUUUUCACUAUCCCAAAACUAUUGCUGUGGUCACAGUAACAGGACUGGGGCUUUUUGGUGUGAAGAAAUGGAUGGCAGGUGGUGUGUGUCGCAGCAAAGCCCGGUUAGAUGGAAAAACCGUCCUGAUCACUGGAGGCAACACUGGGAUUGGCAAAGAAACUGCUGUUGACAUGGCUAGAAGAGGUGCGAGAGUAAUUCUGGCCUGCAGAGACAUGGACAGAGCUAAUAAAGCUGCAGAGGAUGUGAGAAAGAAGAGCGGAAACGACAAUGUGAUUGUGAAAAAGUUGGACUUGGCAUCUCUCCAGUCAGUUCGCCAACUGGCCAAAGACAUUCUAGCAAGUGAAGAGCGGUUGGAUGUGCUCAUCAAUAAUGCAGGUAUUAUGAGCUGUCCAAAGUGGCAGACUGAAGAUGGCUUUGAAAUGCAGUUUGGGGUGAACCACCUGGGCCACUUCCUUUUAACUAACUGUCUGUUGGAUCUCCUGAAGAAGUCGGCGCCGAGCCGCAUUGUCAAUGUCUCCAGUUUAGCGCAUGAAAGAGGUCAAAUCUACUUUGAUGACAUAAACCAGGAUAAAGAUUACCGCCCUUGGAAGAGCUACUCUCAAAGUAAACUAGCUAAUGUCCUCUUUACCAAGGAGCUUGCCAGCAGGCUGCAAGAUACCAAAGUCACAACAUACAGUCUCCACCCUGGAGUGAUCCGGACUGAGCUUGGUCGACACUUCUGGCCCACCAUGCCCCUGUGGAAGAGAGUAGUAUAUACGCCACUUAUGUUCUUCAUCAAGAGUCCAACAGAAGGGGCUCAGACCACCAUCUACUGCGCUGUGGAGGAAAGCCUGCAGAACGAGAGCGGACUCUACUACAGUGACUGUGCCCCUAAAACGGCAGCCCCUCAGGGUCUGGAUGAUGAAGCUGCCAAGAAGCUGUGGGAUCUGAGUGCCUCUAUGGUUGGUCUGACAAAAUCACAGUGACACUGAUGAUGACAAUGAUGAUGAUGAUGACUGUCAGCAUCACAGUACCAAUGGGCUGCCAAGUGGCCUGAGGAAGUACUGGUGCUCUUUCUAAUGAGCAUCUGUGGGGCUUCUAGCAGCUGAGCUUCGGCUUAAUGUGACAAACGAGUUAACAAGCAAACAACAGAAAUUCACAAGUGAUAGACAUUUAUUUAGAAUAUACAACAAACUACUUGCAAAAAUACUAUGGAAUAAAUUAAGUUUUUUUUCUUAAACAGAAGCAGUGCUUCACAGGUACGUUACAUGGAAGCUGUGUGAUCUUUAGUUUUGAUUGCCAUUAGCGUGAAAUGACAUUUUACUUGAAGUUUCACCGAAGUCUGUAUUGGCUAAGGGCUUGAAUGUCAUUCAGUGUUACUUGGAUUAAUCGUAUAUGAAUUACAUGUGCUCUGGCAAGCUUUUGUAACACUGUUAAUAGUGACAUUUUUUUUUAACUCCUGGGCAAUAAAGUGCUGUUCUAUAUAGCCCAUAAUUUUACCUGCUUCUUAAGGCAUAUUGUUCAUUCACAUCAUGUGUAUUCAUCGUGAGUCUUCAUUCUGUUCCAUGUGAGACCAACAAUAUUGAAAGAAAACACAUGUUGGUUAACAUGAAUUAAAAUGGUCUUACUACAAUAA